AACGUGGCAUGGCAUGGCCUGGCAGAGAUUCGAAUGGCGACGAAGUUGGCUGUGGAUAACCCCUCAAACUUCGCAACUUCCGCUCUCGCCCUCCGUUCACAUCAACAGUGGUCAGCCAACUAGCACUCGCACUCGCACUCCCACUCAGGAUGAUCCUGCUCAAGCCGAAGAAGAAGGCCUCCGGCGGACGGAGCAAGCACGGUGACGCGGCGAAGGUCAAGGAGCUCAAGGAGAAGCCCAGUCCGCUCCAGGCGGAGGGCCAGCUGCUGACGCCCAACUGGUUCUGGAAGGCCUACAUCAACGAGCAGAUCGUGCCGCCUGCGGUGGCCGCUCCCCUGGUGGAGGUGGCCGACCCGCAGCUCUCCUCGCCGCUCUCCAACGGCUCCAAGCUGCAGCUGCCGACUGCCGGGGGCAGCCAGUCGUCGUGUCCCCCGCCGCCGGUCCUGGUUCCCAGCGAGAUGGACCCCGAGUUCGCCGACGUGCUGACCAUCUCGCGGCAGCGCCGCCUGCGCAGCAUGGCCACCACCUUCAGCAUCGAGGAGCUGCUGCCCCCGCGGAAGGUGAAGAGCUCCCGGAGCGACCAGCUGCCGGCCGCCCUCAUCGAGAUCGUGGAGGAGAAGCCGCAGAUCCCCCAGGUGGCCGCCCCCGCCCUGGACCCCAUGCUCACCGACGCGGUGGUCACCGCGCACGACUUCGAGCUCGUCUGGGGGACGCGGCUCUCCUGCCAGGACACCUCCUUCGCCGAGGCGACCCUGCGAAGUGCCGACCGCAAGCUGCGCAACUACGAGAUCAUCCACACGGCGAUCCGCAACUGCCUGCUCGACGACCUGGAGAUCCAGGUGGAGUCGAAGUUCUUCCACGUGGACCGCUACCUCUUCACCUACUUCGCCCGCAACUUCCGCGCCUGCAGGGGGCCCUUCCUGCAGCUGCCGGUGCAGCAGGUGCCGAUGCGGCUGCUCACCCAGAUCUACGAGUGGAUGCUGCAGGACGAGGCCGGCUUCCCGGUGGGCCCCGACAUGAUACCCUUCUACAAGGCGGCCCGGUUCCUGGGGGUGCAGCGGCUGGAGGAGCAGUACUGGAGCACCUUCUCGGCCAGCGGGGACCGCGGCGUCUGGGAGCUGAACGCCGUCCACACCUACCUGCAGGCCCGGGAGCACCGCUGCCCGGAGAUCAUGGCCGCGAUGCUCUCGCGGGUGCGCAAGUGCUUCCUGCCGCUGGUCGCCUCGCUCGAGUUCCUCGAGUUCGAGGCCAGCGAGGUGGCCUGCCUGCUCCGGCAGGACAUGCUCUGCGUGAACAGCGAGGACGAGGUCCUCUUCGCCUGCCUCCACUGGCUCGACUUCGCCUGGCCGGAGCGCCGUCGGCACGCGCUCCACUUACUGUCGCAGGUGCGCUUCUGUUUCCUCUCGCCCUGGCUGCGCCGCUCCCUGGCCAACUUCCCCGAGAACGCGCUGCUCCGCGAGAUCGCCCAGAUGCCCCAAGUGGCUCGCUGGCUCUGGCAGGCCACCAAGCAGACCGCGGCCGUCGUGGCCAACCGGCAGAGGGAGGAGCAGAAGGGCGGCCUCGUCCAGAAGAUGCUGGCCGAGUACCGGGGGCAGCGGGCGACGGAGCGCUACUGGACCUUCUGCCGCGGGGUGCCGCACCACCACGACGCCAAGUGCCCGCGCCACCGCGAGCUCACCUUCGGCACCUUCCGGCUCUUCCUGCACCGGCUCCACUCGCAGGCGCAGCGCUUCAUGGACGACCUCUGCUUCGUGCCCAACAAGCACUGGGCCACCUACCGCUGCUGCGUCGACGUCGAGUACUUCCCGGAGGCGGAGCGGACCUGCCCCCGGCCGCCCAUCUACACGCGCCUCCUCUCCUCCAAGCAGCUGUCCCCGCCCGACUAGCUCCCGUCCUCCAAUCCCCCAAUCCCCCGAUCCCCCAAUCCUCCUGUCCCCCUGAUUUCCCAUCUUCCUAUCUGAAGUGCCACGUAAAUUCGUUAUGCUUGCGAUA